AUGUCUGUUUUUACCGACACCACGUCCCCAGCUCCGAGGCCCCCUACGCUAUUCACAAGUAGCAUCACAUCCAGCAUUUUUGCAAAUGGCCUUCCCGCUGACUAUGGGGACGCCUCAAACAUAGCUCAACUUAGAAGUGAAAAUCAAUUCGACUUUGAUUCGGAAUCACCUCUUUUCACCUCUCUUCCCCUUCCCCACGGACGUCCCUUAUUGGUUGGAGUCCCUCAUUUUGUUGAGGACGACCCGAAUGAUCCGUUCAGCCCAAUUAUAACCAUCAUAGCUCAGAGUAUUGAAGCUCGUCGCAUCGAUACCCUUUUUGCACAGGCCCUCAUUGGUCUCAUUACCACACUUCGAUCUAGCGCCCAAUACAGUCAAUUGGCGGCAUAUCCAGCAUUAAUGAAGGAGCUCCAGGAAGUUGCACAGAAAUAUCAAGUCCUUAAGGAGGCUUAUGAUACUGUUGUUGGAGACUCAGCCAUUUCACGCCUGGGGUAA